UCCAGCCAAUCACAGCCACACACGACCGGCCGCUCGAGUACACUGGUCCGCUGUGACUUGGGAAAGAGGAGCAAUGCUGGAUGGAUAAAUAGCGGUGAACACAUGGGACUGUUGAGAAUUAAGCGAAACAUUUGUGAAGAAUAACAUCGGGCUGAAGUGAGUGAGACAACGUGAGAUUGGACCUGUCUGAUGCAAGUCUAAUCAUGGUUUCCAUCCACCAUGUCGCUCACAGAUUACUGACUUACAUCCCAUAUGUUCUUGUUUUGAUUGACAUGAGAUAUGAAGGAGUGGAAUGUGGCAAGGAUGGGAGUGUGGACAGUCAUUUGGAGAUGGGGAAGAAACUGCUCGCUGCUGGCCAGCUAGCUGAUGCUCUCUCUCAUUUCCAUGCUGCUGUGGAUGGAGAUCCCAAGAACUACAUGUCCUACUACAGGAGAGCUACAGUGUUUCUAGCAAUGGGGAAGUCAAAGUCUGCACUGCCAGAUUUAAGCAGAGUUAUUGAACUCAAACCAGACUUCACAUCUGCACGCCUCCAGAGAGGAAAUCUCCUACUGAAGCAGGGGGGACUAGAUGAAGCCGAGAGUGACUAUAAGAAGGUGCUGAAAUCCAACCCCAGCGACAAAGAGGAGAGGGAAGCCCAGAGUCAGCUGACGAAGGCGGAUGAAAUUCAGCGACUGGUGGCUCAGGCACGCGGCAGCUUCAGCAGCCAGGAUUAUGUGACAGCUGCUGCCCAGCUGGACACUAUCAUUGAGACUUGCGUUUGGGACGUGGCCUCUCGUGAGAUGCGAGCAGAGUGCUUUAUUGUAAUGGGAGAGAUGGGGAAAGCCAUUAGUGACCUGAAAGCUGCAUCCAAGUUAAAGAAUGACAACACCCAGGCUUUCUACAAACUCAGCACCAUCUACUAUAAUCUCGGAGACCACGAGAUGUCCCUCAGUGAGGUUCGCGAGUGCCUGAAGCUUGAUCCGGAUCACAAGCAGUGUUACAGCCAUUACAAGCAGGUCAAGAAGCUCAACAAACAGAUCCGGUCCGCAGAGGAACUCAUCCAAGAGCAGAGGUAUGAAGACGCAGUGAGCAAAUACGAGGCGGUGAUGAAGACCGAGCCCAAUGUGCACCACAUCGCUCUCCUCGCCAAGGAGCGCAUGUGCCAUGCGUUAGCUCAGGGCCAGCAGGCUAGCAGAGCUGUGUCGGUGUGUGGAGAAGUCCUCCGGUCUGAUCCGGAGAAUGUUAAUGUGCUGAAGGACAGAGCGGAGGCUUAUGUCCAAGAGGAACAGUAUGAGGAAGCUAUUCAGGACUAUGAGACGGCAGCGCAACACAGUGAGAACGACCACGAGAUAAAAGAAGGCCUGGAGAGAGCUCAGCGACUCCUCAAACAGUCUCUCAAGAGGGAUUAUUAUAAGAUCCUGGGAGUGAAGAGAACUGCCCAGAAAAAGGAGAUCAUCAAAGCCUACAGGAAACAGGCCAAACAGUGGCACCCGGACAACUUCCAGGAUCCAGAGGAGAAGAAGAAGGCCGAGAAGAAGUUCAUAGACAUCGCUCAGGCUAAAGAGGUUCUCACCGACCCGGACAUGAGAACCAAGUUCGACCAGGGGGAGGAUCCCAUGGACCCGGAGAGCCAGCAGGGUCGACAGCAUCAUCAGCACUUCCACCAGGGCUAUCAGGGCUUCAACCCGUUUGGCUCAGGACCGUUCAAUUUUAAAUUCAACUACAACUGAGGAAGCUCCCAUUCAGCACAGCUGGAGCACAUUGUGUCUCUUCCUCCCUAUUUAAAAGGGAGAUCGCUGGCAUGACUCAGAGAUGUGGCGCAAAUUGUGACUUUAAUUCAGUGACCUUAAUUAAAUAUGCAUCUUUGUUGUUGAAGAAUACAACUUUUGAGUUCCGUUCGGGGGAAAUGUCUGUUGCUAUGCUAACAAAUAUGUGCCAUGUGUGGAGCAGCUUUUAUGUCGUGUGGAAGUAAUACCGACACUUCACAUCCUUUCCAAGUAUUGUACAAUUAAUAUCCAUUCGUAAGAUUAAAUUUGUACAUAAGUACAGUACUAUUUUUAUAUGAAUGGAGUUUAUUGAAAUGUAAAUAAAGACCUAUUUAUGUACCUUUUUAAAUUAAACUGAGGGGAAGUAUUGCUGUAUGCAGACACUUUUA